AAAUUUUUGACAUAAAAUCACACUAUUCAAAACAGAUAUGAACGUUUUUUUCUUAAGUUUGAAAUGAAUUUUCAGGAGUUGUUUUGCGCAUUAUCAUUAUGUAAACACAAACAAUCGCACAUUUGAAAUUCCUGAUGUUAUCUGAAGGUCGCGGUUCUGAAAUAAAUGAUACUUUCUCAUACUCAAAUGACUCAUCAAACACAAACGAAUAUCAUCGAGAAUUCGAUAGUAGUAGCAGAAAUAAAACACCGCAGAAUGAUGAGACGCAAAUUAGCGGUGAAUCUAAUGGACGUCUUGAUUCGACGUAUUUACAUUCCAAACAGUGUACGACAGGAAUAUGCGAUUAUUCCCAUGAACUGAUUGAUCUUGACAAGAUAAAACACGAAAAUCUCUUUUCUAACACUAAACUAAGUGAUAUAAAUAUAAUUUAUGAUCAUGCCGCAUCAAAACUUAAAGAAAAUUUAACUGCUCAUUAUCAAACAGUUCAGGAAGAAAUUAUGUCAUCUGUAAAAAAUCUUUUCUCAGCUGAAUUGAAACGUAUAAAAACUGAUAUGAUUAAACUUCAUGAACAAGUGAUUAGUUUAAGAGAUCUUGCACGUAAUCAUGAAGGUACAAUAGCACGUAAAGAACAAAUGAUCUGUGAUUUAACAAAUAAUAUUAAUAAAUUAAAAAUUCAAAUGGAAAUAAAUUUGAAAAAGGAAAAUACUAAAAGAAAAUCAUUUUGUAUUAAACUUGCUGAUCGUUAUUAUAAACAAACUAUUUUAAAACAAGCAAUUAUUGGAUGGAAACAAUUUAUGGAAUAUUCAUGGAAACAAAGAAAUUUCCGUCGACUUACAUUAGAAGCUCAAUCUGAAUGUAUAAAAAUUAAACAAGAAUUAAAUCAAAAAAUUCUUCAACUAGAGGCUGAUUUAAAACUUAGUCAAUGUGAAUUAGAAUCAAUGAAAGCUAAACAAACCAAUGAACAAGCUGCAUUAAAAACAGCAUUAAUGCGUGGUGUUUGUGCAUUAAAUAUGGAAACAAUGGCUGUAUUCAAUGAAACUUUACCAAAUUUAAAUAAAGAAUUUCUAAAUAAAAAAUUGACUAUUGAUUCACAAAUUUUAAACAAAAAUUAUGAUACAAAUGAUCAUUUGGAAUUAGCUAAGCUAACGUCGGCAAAAUCAAAUGGUUAUCAUUUUGAUAGAACUAUUCAGAAUCAAUCAAAUGAAAUGAUUUUCAAUAUACAAUCUGAUCAUAUUGUACAAGCCACUCAUCAAAGUAACACUGGGUUCUGUGAUCAGAACAGAGAGAAUUCUAUGGAAGCAUGGCCAAGAGAUACUAUUCGUAAUGUUGAACCAUCUUAUAGUAAUGUGAUGCGAAAAAGUAACUGUGCAAAACCACUUAGUCAUUCCACAGAAAUCUGUGAACGUUGGUUAGGUCGUCAUAGUGAUUACAAUGAAAACGAUCCAUUGAAUUUAUCUGGCUUACCAACGUAUAAGACACGUGAUCAUCAUUUACAUACGAUUCAAAGUUUAUCAUAUCAAGUCGAUGAGAAACUAUCCAAUUCAGAUCAAAGUGAAUUAGAACAUUGCAAUCAAAUGGAUAACAAAUGGUUACCAAAUAAAGAUUUAGCUCCGAACAAAAAUCACGACACAUCCUAUCGAAUCAAUAUAAACUCUAUAAAUUCUAAACAUGAAAAAUCUGACCGUAAUUUGCAUGAUGGAAAAAAUCAUACACCAUUAGAAAAUGCUAAAAAGAUGUUAAGUUCAAGAAAUUCAUCAAAUCGUAUUUAUUCUACAAUGAAACCAAAUAAAUUAUCAUUAUAUUCAAGACCUCAAACUGUACAACAUGGAAUACCUACUGGAAAUUAUCCAAAUGGUUCUAAAGCUAUGGUUAAUAUUUUAGUUCAUCGACAUCAAACCGAUAAUCAGUAAAUUUUUCCAUAAAUGAUUUCCAUUUUAGAUUAAUUCAACAGAAAAUGUAAAUACUCAUAAGCCUACAACUAAUUCAACAGGAAUUCCUUAUUCACAUUGUCAACAUAAUCUUUCAUCAACACCACGUUUAUAUUCUGAUUCCUAUUCCCAUAGACAUGUUUAAAUGGAUUAAUAUACAUAACAUUCCUACUUCUUAUUUAUAUAACUGAUGAAAGUUUAUUAAUGAAUGAAUGUAUGUAUCCUAUUAUCAUAUUUUCAUACGUUGCUAGAAUGAUCUAUAAAUAAAUAUAUGUAAAUGC